AUGCGUUUAGGAGUAGGUUCUGUACGCCCAGAAAAUAAGACGAACUCUGUUCGCAAAGUCGGAGAUCCUCUUACGGGAGGUCUUCGCACGCGUGCCCUUAGGAACGACUCCGGAUCAGUGGCUAGUCUACUGUUCCAUGCGUUUAGGAGAGUAGGUUCUGUACGCCCAGAAAAUAAGACGAACUCUGUUCGCAAAGUCGGAGAACCUCUUACGAGAGGUCUUCGCACGCGUGCCCUUAGGAACGACUCCGGAUCAGUGGCUAGUCUACUGUUCCAUGCGUUUAGGAGUAGGUUCUGUACGCCCAGAAAAUACGCGAACUCUGUUCGCAAAGUCGGAGAUCCUCUUACGAGAGGUCUUCGCACGCGUGCCCUUAGGAAUGACUCCGGAUCAGUGGCUAGUCUACUGUUCCAUGCGUUUAGGAGUAGGUUCUGUACGCCCAGAAAAUACGCGAACUCUGUUCGCAAAGUCGGAGAUCCUCUUACGGGAGGUCUUCGCACGCGUGUCCUUAGGAACGACUCCGGAUCAGUGGCUAGUCUACUGUUCCAUGCGUUUAGGAACGAAGACAAAGCAGAAGGAAUGCAGCUGAUGAAGCAACUGGAAACUGGAGGAAUUCAAUCAGAUGAACACGGCGGAAAAGAGUUUCGAAGCACGAACGAAGCCAUAAUGGAGGUUCACGUGACUCGUUUAAUGGCUCAAUUGGAUAAUUCAUGCUUGGCUGGGACCUCUCGGACGCACAUCGAUGACACAAGAAUUCGACGGACAGUUGGCUGCGUUGGAGCUGGCAUAACUACAGAGCGGAGAUGGAGAAUCGAUAAGUGUAAAGCGACAAUGCUACACAAAUAA